CAAUCUUCACGCUCGCAGCGGAUUGGUCGAGGAUGUGGUGGGCGGGCCUCGCUGCGUUUGUUGUUGUUGAGCAGAACAACAGCAGCAGGAGACAUCUUUGAAACAGACAGAAUCUCCUCGUUAUGUCCGAACUCUGAGUUUGUUCGUCCAGGAUUUUGCUUUUUGAGACAGUCAACAACACGAGGGGUCGGUGCUCCACAUCUGCAUUCGUCCUAUUUUCCGCGGAAUCCAUUUAAUUGCAUGUCUUUCAAGAUGGGCAGUCAGUACCAGCGCUCAGUACCACUAGAGGUGAGGAGAGCAGAGGGAGAGAGAGUUCGAGCCAAACACCCUGACAAGAUCCCAAUCAUUGUGGAGAGGGCCUCGAGGUCACGAGCCCCUGAACUGGACAAGAAGAAAUACCUUGUGCCCUCAGAUCUAACAGUGGGCCAGUUGUGCUUCCUCAUCCGUCAGCGUGUGUCUUUGAGACCGGAAGAAGCGCUCUUCUUCUUUGUGAACAACUCCCUUCCCCCAUCCAGCUCCCCUCUCUCGGCCGUAUAUGAGGAGCACCAUGAAGAGGACCUGUUUCUCUACAUGACCUACAGUAAUGAGAGCGUGUAUGGUGCCUGAGGGAGGACAAACUACUGGAGAAAGAGACAGAGAGCCAAUGAGAAGAUGUGACCGUCUGAGGAAUAGAGUUAAUGCCAUUUGUAUUGUUUCACAUUACUAUUACUCUAUUGUAUUUAGUUCUUAUAAUUAACUACAGUACAUGGUGGAAGAAAGACAUGUUCCUUGUGGACUUAAUCAUUAUCAGUAUUUUGGGGUUGGGUGUCAUAUGUUUUAAAAACUUCAAGUAAUGUUGAUUUCUGAUGUGGCGAAAGAAGCAAGAGGAAGUUUGAAAAAGACAGACAAAAAGCAUGUAAAAGGAAAUCAUUGAAACUAUUUUGAGAGCUCUCGUUGUCUUUCUCAGUGACCUGUAUUUACUGCAAAUAGUAUUUUGUUUCUUUUGUAAAUUAAUGUCAAACUUUUGUGAAAAAUAAAGAUGAAAAUACA